GCCCGGGCAGUGGCCAUGCGGCGAGCGGAGCUGGCGGCCGAGGCCGCGCUGCGGGCGCUGCUCCUCGCCACCUUCGGGAUCAUGGAGUUCCUGCCGCCCUUCCAGCGCGUGCUGCAGCCCGAGGAGAUGUGGCUCUACAAAAGCCCCUACGUUGAAGUGGACCACGUCCCCACAGUCUUCAUGUUUUUCAUCGCAUUUCUGUCUCCCUUGUUGCUCAUCAUCCUGGCGAGGCUGUGCAUGGGUGCUGACCAUGAGGACACGAGGGAAGCCUGCCUUGCUGCCAGCCUUGCUCUUGCCCUGAACGGGGUUUUCACAAACGCCCUGAAGCUCGCGGUGGGGAGGCCACGACCCGACUUCUUCCAUCGCUGCUUCCCGGACGGCCGAGCCAACGCCGAGCUGGUGUGCACAGGGGACGCCCGCAGGGUGACCGAGGGCCGCAAGAGCUUCCCCAGCGGCCACUCUUCCUUUGCCUUCGCUGGUCUUGCCUUCUCUGCCUUCUACUUGGCAGGGAAGCUGCACAGCUUCGUUCCAGGCCGGGGGGGCCGGGCCCUGCGCUUCUGUGCCUUCCUCCUCCCCCUCUUCCUGGCCACCCUCAUCGCCGUGUCCCGCACCUGCGACUACAAGCACCACUGGGAAGAUGUGUUGGUUGGCUCAGUGAUGGGUUUGGUGCUCGCAUACCUGUGCUACAGGCAGUACUACCCUCCCCUGACAGACACCACGUGCCACAAACCAGCUCUGGCCAAGCCCAAACCGCUGCCAGCGCACGAGGAGAAGCCUCCAGCUCCCAGCUUCCACAUGAACAUCUAGUGCCAGGCUCUUCCUGCCUGCUCUGGGUGCCAGGGCAGGGCGAGGCUUGGGGGAGGCUGCCCAGGAGUGAGGGGAAGCCCCUGGGCAGGUGUUCCGUGCCAAGCUGGUGUGUUUCCUGCCCUGGCCCUUGUGUUGCUUCAUCUCGUUGAAUUUUGUAGGCCACCCCCUCUUCAGGCCCUCUGUGAAGCUAAGGAGGCACUCGGGUGCCAGCCUGCACAAAGACAAUUGGGAUGUGAAGGUCCUGAACACAAACUGGGAAAAUGGGACAACCCAGUGUGCUCAGGCUGGCGGGAGUUCCUGUGUCCAGUCCAGGAAGCACCAUUGGCCACCUCGCUGCAGUCAGCCGAGCUGUCCCAGCCCUUCUCCUGGGAAGUGAACUGCAGGACCUGCCAACUUUGAGCUUUUCUAAUUUCCCAAAUAAAGGAGUUUAAUUUUUGUAAUGA